AUGGAUUUUAAUGGUAAGGUAGUAUUAAUUACCGGGGCUAGUUCGGGAAUAGGUGCAGCAACUGCAGAAUAUUUUGCUUCACGAGGUGCCUUAUUAGCCCUCACCGGGAGAAAUAAAGAAAAUUUAUUACAAGUUUUUAAUGAUUGUCAAGCAUCAGGAAAUAAAGAAUGCUUGACGAUAAUUGCAGAUCUUACCAACGAAAUAGAUGUUGAAAGAAUAAUAAGUCAAACUAUUGAAAAAUAUGGCAGGUUAGAUGUACUUGUAAACAAUGCUGGAAUUUUGGAAAAUGGCUCUAUAGAGAAUACGUCAUUAGCACAAUACGAUAGAAUUUUUAACACCAACGUACGAUCCGUUUACCAUUUAACAAUGCUCGCAGUUCCACAUUUAAUUAAAACAAAAGGCGUAAUUGUUAAUGUAUCCAGUGUAACUGGCACAAAAUCAUUUCCCGGAGUGUUAUCAUAUUGCAUGUCAAAAGCUGCAAUUGAUCAAUUUACCAAAUGCGUUGCUCUCGAACUGGCACCUAAAGGUGUUAGGGUAAAUAGUGUAAAUCCCGGUGUUAUAAUUACCAACAUUCAUAAGAGAGGUGGAAUGGAUGAAGCGACUUAUAAAGAAUUUUUAGAAAAAUGUAAAAAUACUCAUGCACUGGGGAGACCGGGAGAACCAAAAGAAGUUGCAGCUGCGAUUGGAUUUUUAGCAAGUGAUGCUUCAAGUUUUACUACAGGGGAACAAUUACAUAUUGAUGGUGGCAGACAUGCCAUGUGUCCAAGAUAA